CACAUAUAAAGCAAAAAUAUAUAGCACUAGGCUCAUUCCCUCAUAAUCAGAGACAGAUUCAACAAUCGACUCACUAUGAAAUUGGCGAUAGUCCUUUGCCUGGUGGCGGCGGUGGCGGCUGCUCCUCAGAGAGGAGGCAACUACUACUCUGAUUAUAGAACCAUACAGCUCCAGCGAUACGACAAUGACAACAUCGGCGUCGGACCUUACAGCUUUAGCUACGAGCAGUCAGAUGGCCACAAGCACCAAGAGCAGGGAGAGUUGAGGAAUGAGGGUCGUGAAGAUGAGUCUCUGGCUGUGAAGGGAAGUUACCAGUGGGUGGGCCCUGACGGUGUCACCUACACUGUCACAUACAUCGCUGACGAAAACGGUUUCCAACCAGAAAUCGAGCAAGGUCCCGGCGGCGCGGUCCCUGGAGCCGUUGUCGCUAGUCUUCUCGGCUAAGGCUAAAAUAUUAAGUCUGAACAACAAAAAACUUACAGAAUGUAAAAUAUGAUGUAAAUAAAAAGUGAAAAUAUUAGUCAUAAUAUAAGGACAAUAAAAAUCUUCCGGAAA